GUUGCGGAGAGCACCUUAGAUAUGGCAGAAGCUUUACCAGCUCAGGACUCUGCAUUCAGCUGUUCGAUUUGUGUGGAUCUCCUGAAGGACCCAGUUACAAUUCCCUGUGGACACAGUUUCUGUCUUAUCUGUAUUAAAGACUGCUGGGAUCAGGAUGAUCAGAAGGGAAUCUUCAGGUGCCCCCAGUGCAGACACACCUUCAAUCAAAGGCCUGCGCUCUACAAGAACAGCCUGAUUGCUGAAAUGGUAAAGAAACAAAAAAAGCCAAGUCCUCAACCCACUGCUUCUCCUGAAUCUGGAGCUGUGGAGUGUGACAUCUGCACCGGGAAGAAACAGAAAGCUGUCAAGUCCUGUCUGGAAUGCCUUGUAUCUUACUGUGAAGCUCAUAUUCAGUCUCACUGUAAAUCCUCUCCGUCAAAGAAGCACCAACUGGUUAAAGCCUCGGCCAAAAUACAGAAGACCUGCUCUCGUCAUGAUAAGCUGCUGGAGCUGUUUUGUCACACAGAUCAGAAAUUUGUUUGUUUUAUGUGCACAAUGGAUGAACACAGUGGUCACGAAACUGUCUCAACUGCAGUGGAAAGAUCUCAGAUGCAGAAGCGGUUAGUAAAGACCCAGACAAAACUCCAGCAGGGAAUCCUGCAGAGACAGAAGAAGCUACAAGAGCUGAAAGAGGCUAUGGAGAACCUCAGGCAUUCUGCGCAGGUAGCAGUGGAAGACAGUGAGAAGAUCUUUACUGACCUGAUUCAGUCCAUUAAGAAAAAACGCUCUGAGGUAAAAAAGCUCAUCAGAGCUCAGGAAAAGGCUGAACUAAGUCAUACAGAAGAACUGCUGAAGAAACUGGAGCAGGAGAUUGCUGAUCUGAGUAGAAGAGACACUGCUCUGGAGCGGCUUUCACACACAGAGGAUCACAUCCACUUUCUACAGAGGUUCCAGUCUUUCUCUGGUCAAAAGGAGACUGCAGACUUAACACCCUUUAAUGUCACUCCACACUUCUCAACAGAAGAACUGAGGAAAGCUGUGUUUGGAGUAAAAGAACAAGUGGAUGAUGUCUGCAGUGUUACAGUGAUCAAAUCAAAAGGAGUUUACACUUUGCAGCCUUGUCAGCCAGCGACCAGGAAGGAAUACCAGAAAUAUUACUGUCACCUCACAAUGGAUUUGAGCACGGCACACAAAGAACUCUGCUUGUCUGAUGGAAACAGAAAAGCGAUGUGGAGUCGGAAGCUGUAUUUUGAUAUUUCAGAUAUCCUUGACGAGUGUAGACAGGUGCUGUGUGAACAAAGUGUGUCUGGACGCAGUUACUGGGAGGUAGUGUGGAACGGUAGGGUUCAUAUAGCCAUCUCAUAUAAAGACCCCAGCAGGCCUGAAAGGCAGUGUGAAUUUGGGAAUAACGAUCAGUCCUGGAGUUUAAUCUGCUCUGACUCCGGCUUCUCUUUCAGACACGACAAUAAAGAGACUAAACUCCCUGUAGUUUCCGGUUCCUCCAGAAUAGGAGUGUAUGUGGAUCAUUGGGCAGGAAUUCUGUCCUUCUUCAGCGUGUCUGACACAAUGACGCCCUUCCUCAGAGUCAAGGCCACAUUCACUCAGCCCCUAUACCCCGGGUUUGGGGUUUGGUCAAGGACCAGUUUUGUUCAGAUUUGUGAAGUGUGUUUAUUUGUUUAGAUGUAUGACCUAAAGUAAUUGUGAAUGUUUGGUGAAAAAUCAAAUUAACAAGAUUGUUCAGUGACAGCCCCAGUCAACAAGUCAAUUCAUCUUCAGUAUUGAAGGUUUGAUUCUAUAAUCAGAAAGUAGUGCUAAAUAAAUGGCCUAAAAACACAUCCAAACCUUAAUAUGUUUGGUCAUAUCACUGCUAUGUAGUGCAUGGUAAUGACACCUCCACUGAGUAACCAUUUUAACCUCAAAAGAAUGUAGUAUCAUUCCAUGCUCUGGGAUCCACAUGAAAAAUGGACUAGCAUGUGAAAUUAAGACUUUAUGUAGCUGAUAAUAUAGCUGCAGCUGUAGUUUUAAUAUUUAAACUGUGAAUACAUAAAAAGCUACUUAACUGGCUUAUGAUUGUGGUGGAAAUGUUGAAAUUAUGUAACUCAGCAACAAAAUAAUUAUUAAACUUGUGCACAAUUGAGUAGACAUGUGCAGCUUUACUUAAGUCAAAGCUUUCUUUUCUAGCUGUAACAAUUAUAAAUUGUAUAUAAUUACCCAACAAUGCUAAGCAGCAGCAGAGCUGAUAUGUCUAGACCUAGAUUUCACACUUCUAGGAAUAUAAUUUAAAAUAUUAAAUGGUUGUCAAAGCAAUUAUUUGACUUCUCUUUUCUUUUUAUCAUGU